UACUUUUAUUGAAGCCAGAACUCGAAGCCGUCGAAGUAUGCACCUUACUAGUUUGGCCCACAGAGCUGGAAAUCAUGCUCGGAAAAUGCAGAAACAUUCGGCAUGAAGUAAAGAGUUUUAUCUCCGGGUUUUGGAUAACUGUUAGCGUUUGUUCCGUUGGUAUUUACGGCCAAAAAGGCAACAGCUGUGGGCACACAGUACUGGGAGCAGAAUCUGGCACGUUGGCCUCUCAAAACUACCCAGGUACCUACCCCAGUAACUCCAGGUGUGAAUGGAGGCUUCGUGUGCCAGAGGGGCGGACGCUGCGGCUGCUGUUUGGUGACUUUGACAUCGAGAGCAGUCCGGGCUGUGGAAAUGGUUCUGUUACGAUCACAGACAGGGCUGGCAACGUCGUUAUGGGUCCUGUGUGUGGGAAGCUGAACACAGCACAGAAGAAUUUGACUAUUGAAAGUAAUGAAGUGACGGUGAGGUUUUCCUCCGGCCCACAUCACUCUGGGCGGGGCUUUCUACUCUCAUACGCUACAGACAAGCACCCAGAUUUCAUCACAUGUUUACAAAGAGGCUCUCAUUUUAGCUUGCAGCAUUUGAGUGUGUACUGCCCGGCUGGAUGCAAGAAUGUCACAGGAGACGUUUGGGGGAACUCUGAACAAGGUUACAGAGAUACUUCAGUCUUGUGCAAGUCUGCUGUUCACGCUGGAGCCACGUCCGAUACCUCGGGAGGUCGGGUCACCGUGGAUCGAGGGAGGAGUCUGACUCUCUACGAAUCGGCCUUUUCCAAUGGAAUCCUGUCAAAAAUGGGAUCGCUAUCUGAGAAGAAGCUGCUGUUCAGCCAAGAGUGUAACAACAUCCUGCGUGUCUCUGGUCUCAAUGCCUCAUCUUACUGGGAUAAAACCAGUCAAGAGCACACAAUGUCCUCGUCCUCCAGAAGCGUGGAGUCCAGCCACGGCUUCCUACUCUGGACCGCAGACACUAAUGACCCGAACCCUUGGGUGGAGCUGGAACUAGCAGAAAGGAGCAUGAUCACAGGGUUAAUAACAAUGGGCUCCAUUGAGAACUACAUAGAAUCCUACAGUCUGUAUUUCAGCAAGGACGGGAAAACCUGGAAGCUGUACAGAGAUCCUCAGAGCAAAGAGAAGAAGGUAUUUCAGGCAAACGCAGAUGGGCACCUCAGGGUGCUCAACAGCUUGUUUCCUGUUGCGAUUGCUCGUUUUGUUCGGCUUCAGCCACUGAGCUGGCAUGGGAGAGCUGCGACCCGGGUCCGGGUUCUGGGCUGUCCUGCUUCCAAGGCCACACCAAGAUCGCGGACGUUUGGAGCCGAGUCGUCGUCCUUCAACAUCAGCUUGGACACUCAGACUCCCUCCCCCACAGAAGACUCCCUGUUGGUGAAAACACAAAGCACCAGUCAGCCAGUGAUGGUGGCCGUGGGGGUGGUGCUGGGACUAGUGAUGUGUGGGAGUUUACUGGCUGUGGUCUGGUGGAAACGAAGGAAAAAAGUCUCACAUAUGAAGAAAUCUUUACCCACAGGCUGUCAGAAUUUUAAAGCUAAAGGUCUCUCCUGUCCACAACCGGAGCUGAUCUGCUACCCUCUGCAGAGGAACGUCCACGAUGCUCUACCCGCACCCCCCCUCAACGACUACGCCGCUCCUGUUCUUACAGCUGGUGGAAAAAAGGUGGGAUCAACAUUUAGACCUUCCUCGGAUGAGGGCUACACGACCCCCUUUACUACCAUCCACUACGACACACCUGGCAGCCUUCCAGAGUAUGCAGAGCCUCUUCCACCUGAGCCGGAGUACGCCACGCCAUUCAGUGAGCUGCCCGCUGAGCCCAAACCACCGACAUUAACAGGAAUCAUUCACAGCGAUGCACUCAGACCUCAUGUUCCUGCAGCCUCCACCAUUUCCAUGACUACACCCAGCCAGAGUCCGUAUGACUGCCCGUCCCACAGGGUGCUGUUCAAUGGCUACUGCACUCCUGCUCUGCACUGCAGUGGCCCCCAGUUAGUCACAGAGGUCUAUGCAGAACCCAAACCAAGUGACUCUUUACUACAGAAGCACACAUACGAGGAGCCGUUGUGAGCCCAAGAACUUAAGAUGUGGAAUCAGCAGCACCCACUGAGCCUAAAUAAGUGAGGGCCAGAGUGAUCCCACAUACCUGUGACCUCCCCAGAGCUUCUUUGGACCCAUCAUCUGUGGAUUUUACUCAAAACGCAGAAGUCCUAAGAGCUAUAUGGACCUAAGCAUUUCCUUCCAGGAGGUAGAUUCUGGAUGCUCGUGUAAAACACAGGCCUGAUUGUGUUUGAGUCUUUUUACUGAUAAAACAUUAAAAACACAAGUUGCACUUUCUGAAAACACGAACAGAAACGUUAAAACAUUCAUGCAAAACUGUGGAUUGAAUGUUACUUGUCACAAAACUGUAAAGUAUUCACAUCAUUAGUUUUAACACAGCUUAAAAAUGUUUGUGUUUAUGAUUAUACUUACAGAUAACUACUAGGUGGAGCCUGUGAGCUUCAGGAGUCUAACAAUUACUGUAAUGAUCCUCGUGGACGUCCUGUAACUUUAUUAAUUCAGUUUAAAACUCCUUGAAAUUUAUUUAGACAGAGUAAUGGUGUUAUAAGGUUAGACAGAAUUCCUCAGAGAAAUCAAAUCUUCAUAAACUUUAAGUGAUGGAAAUCACAUGCUUGCUAGGAUUAUACAAAACUUCACAAAAACAUUUAAGGUUUGGUUAAAUUAACUUUAAAUUAUGGUCCAUGCUUAAAACUUUAUUCUUUUAGGUGUAAAUGUUGAAUAAACUUGAAUCUUAGGCA